CAGCCCCGGACUGUGAGUGGCUGCGUGGGGGGCCGGUGUGGGCGCAGCGGAGGACUUUCCUAUAAAAGCAGGGAUCCCGAGGACAGCCGAGCCUGUCUCUCUGUCUCCGGCGGACCAGAGACCCGAUCCCCCCGUCACAGUUCGGAAAACCAUCUCAGCCUCUCGUGCAUAAGGAAUUCCUAGUUUAUGGUUGUGACUGCCGCUCCAGCAAGGAUGUCCCGGACCGACGAGGUGCACCGUAUAACGGAGAAUGUCUACAAGUCCAUCAUGGAGCAGUUCAACCCCUGCUUACGGAACUUCAUAGCCAUGGGGAAAAGCUACGAGAAGGCGCUCACCAGUGUCACAUAUGCUGCAAAGGGCUACUUCGACGCUCUGGUGCGGAUGGGCGAGAUGGCCAGCGAAAGUCAAGGCUCUAAGGAUCUUGAGGAGGCAGCAUGGGAGGUGCUCUUUCAGAUGGCUGAGGUGCACAGACAGAUCCAGAUCCAGCUUGAAGAGAUGCUGAAGUCUUUCCACAACGAGCUGCUCACAGAGCUGGAGAAGAAGGUCGAGUUGGAUGCACGCUACCUAAACGCUGCACUGAAGAAGUACCAGAUGGAGCACAAGAGCAAAGGGGAGAGUUUGGAGAAGUGCCAGGCAGAGCUGAAAAAACUGCGCAGGAAGAGCCAGGGCAGCAAGCACCCGUCCAAGUAUGGAGACAAGGAGAUGCAGUAUGUGGAGGCCAUCAGCAAUAAGCAGAGUGAGCUGGACAACUACAUCGCUGAGGGCUACAAGAACGCUCUGUCCGAGGAGAGGAGGAGGUACUGCUUCCUGGUGGACCGCCAAUGUGCCGUAGCCAAGAACGGGAGCGUCUACCACAACAAGGGGAAGGAGCUGUUAUCCCAGAAGAUCCCUGUGUGGCAGCAGGCGUGUGCCGAGCCCAACAAACUGCCAGACCGGGCCAUGUUCCUGGCCCAGCAGAUGAGCAGCGUAACGGGCACCAUGGUUCCCGGGGGUCAUCAUCCCGGCAUGUCCAUCUCUGAGCCCAUCCCUGGGGCUAAGCCCCUGCCGGUGCCUCCUGAGCUGGCGGCCCUCAGGGCAGGCGGAGUCAUGGGACAUCAGAGGCUGAUGGAAGGAGGGAUGCCGGUGAUGAACGGCACCGGCGGCGCUCACGGAGGGGAGGACUACCAGCAGUGGAUGGAGGGCAAGGUAACCCAGAGCAAGGCCCCACCGCAGACCCAGCGGCACGGAGGGGAGGGCUACUCAAACACCCUGCCGGUGCGCAAGGUCGCCCCGGCCAAGAGCAAGACCACACUGACGGAGACUCGCACGCUGCCUCGGUCCAGCUCCAUGGCAGCGGGGCUGGAGAAAAACGGGAGAACUCGAGUCCAGGCCAUCUUCUCCCACGCAGCCGGCGACAACAGCACCCUGCUCAGCUUCUUUGAGGGCGAUGUGGUGACCCUGCUGGUCCCCGAGGCCCGCGAUGGCUGGCACUACGGAGAGAAUGAGAAGACCAGGAUGCGUGGCUGGUUUCCCUUCUCCUACACGCGGGUGAUCUUGGACGGUGACACCAACUCAAUGAGGCAACUUCGGGUACACAACCUCCACGGGAAGAGCAGCAGCACCGGCAACCUGCUAGAGAGAGAAGACCUGGCUCUCCCCGUCCCUGACUACGGCCUCCACUCCCGCAUGGAGGCGCAGAGUGCUGCGGCGCUGCAUGGCAGACAACAACAACGCCCCUACAGUGUUGCGGUGCCGGGCUUCUCACAGCAAGGAGUUGAAGAGUACGAGCCCCGCUUCCCCACAAGCAUGGAGCCACCCUUCGAGCCGGAUGUGGAGGCCCCGGCCAAGCCGCCCCUUUCUGAAGAUGAGGAUGAAAUCGAGGAGGACCUGUCUGAGAAAGGUCACUAUGACUCCUUGGAGAAGGCCUCGCCUCCCCCCGAGGGAGUACCCAGCGCUCCAUCAGUGUAAUCCUGCUGCAGGUGGAUCCCUGGGGCACAACUGCACCCUCUCCCCUCCGCUUUUAAGCUCUAAUUCAACCACAGAAUUACAAAAGUGUGACCAUACAAUAAUAAGAAUUAUCAUGACAAAAUUAUGUACACCACAAUAAUUCACAUAUACAGUUAGGAUUUGAUUCACAAUGAUUCACAUUUACAGUUAUGAAUUGAUUUACAUUUGAUCUUCUAGCAUUGAAGGCACAUUGAAAGACAAAUUUACCUUAAUUUGCUCUUGAUUUCUUUCCCCUUGGAAUUGUAUUUCUGUGCUCACAUUAAGCAAUGGACAGCACUGGAGUUGUUUCACCUUUUCACUUUCAUAACAUACAGUAUAAGAAUAUAUUUUGGCCUGCACGGCUCACUUGGAUUCUUGCUUUAAUUACAAAGCCUGAGUAAUUGACUCUUACAUAGCAUCAUGUGGACUCACAGGAUCUGCGGCCGGUCUGAGAAGUCGCCUGGCAACAUCCCUGUGCUUUAAAAUACAGCUUCUUCCCUUCUGCCUUGUCAACAAAAGGGCUUUAAUGGCAACAAGCCACACAUGUCGUUAGCUGUUUCACCUUUUAGCCCACCUGUUGUUACUGCCUCCUCACAGCUCACCAACUCGUGUUGGUGCUGCGUCUAACACAGUUACACACACCUAGAAAACAGAAGAGAAGAGUUAUUUGUCAGGACCGAGGUGGAUAAUCUAAAGUGUGACAAGUCAGAUGUUUCAGCAGAUGAUGGAAAGAAAUACACAUGCUUAAACACAGCAGAGAAACUAGACUAGUCCGAAAAAUCAACAGUAUCUGUGACAUAAAUUUGUACUGAGUGACAGCAUCAAAACUAUAAAGCACACUGCUCAUAGUACUGUAUAUUCAACUAAUUGUGUACUCACAGGAAAUCCUAUAUUCUGUAAUAUUAGUUAUAAGCAGCACUGCUGUAACUAUUUGUUGCUGCAGUGAUAAUGCACUGUAAUGGUUCAAAGAUUACAAUGAUUUGAUGUGUGAUUAAUAUUGUGCAGAAACAAUGUAUUUGUAAUGAUAUGUUUGUAAUAUCUUCUUAAAGAAAAAUUUUCAACAGUGAAAUCAAAUAAUGACAUCGACUAGAAGAACUUUGUGAUAGCAUAUUGUCUUAUGUCAUGUUUAAGAUAACUUUGAUGUAGAAAGACGAGCAAUCAGGAGUACACUGAUACAAGUUGUUAGUUACUGAGCAAAAGUAAUGGUUAAA